UAUAAAACAGGACUUCGUUCUAGCGGAAUUCGGGGAAUUGUGUCGCGGCUGGAAGGAGCAUAGGGAAACAUCGGCCUGUUUCCUGUAUGAUGGAUUUCUACCAACUAAACCAUCCGUAAGCAUCCAAACCCAAAAUGCUAUGAUUUGGGCAAGCAUCUUCAUACUGGAGACGGAAGAAGUAUUAACGUGACCUGGUGUUGCCGGAAGAAAGGGAGGAGGGACAAGGACAGUUUUGGAAGAAUUGCCUCCAUGUAGAGGGUAACCGAGGAACCAGUGAAAGACACCGAAGCGCACGUACAGAGGCAGGAGAGAAGCAAACGGAGGGGAGUUUGCAAGAGGCAGAGAUGGAUUUGAAAAGCAUAAUUCUUAUGAUUUUGGGGUUUCUGGUAACCUUCCAGCAAACGGGUGGGUGUAGAAGCUCGACCGAGGGGCAUUAGAGAAGGCGUGGGUGGAGGGAGUGAGGUCAGCUGGCGUAGCACACAUUUUCCAUUAAGGAGCUGGACCAAGAAAGCCAGAAGGGAUAUGAGAUUAAGAAAACCAGAGAGAGCCGCAAGCCUCAAUCCCCUGGGAAUGAAAUCACCACUUCCCGAGGUUUUUUCAUUUUCCUGCCUUUCUCAACACGAGCACACACACAUACCCCCUGCGGGCGGAGUGGGUGUAGCAAAGAGGAGUAGAAGCAUACUGAUCCCAACUAAUUAAAGAGACAAUUUUCUACAGCUCCGCCCCCUCCCUGAGCCGGCGAGGUCGCCAGCGCUCUGGCAGCGCAUCCUUUCGGCAGCUUCUAAAACCCGGAAAAAGACGUGGACGGGACCGCGCCGGCCGCACGGCGCAUGCGCAGAGCCCUGCCCGGUCUGGGCAGCUAGGGGCCGGCCUCGGGGCUGGCCGGACGCCGCAGGAAACUACAAUGGAGAAGACAUUUUCUGCGGCUCUGCUCUUCACAUUAGUCAUAUCAGUGUUAGGUAACCAUCAUGGAAUGGAACCAGAAAAAAGUAUUCCCAAUUGGACAACUAGUAUUAAUGUUGAUUUGGCAAUUGUUACUCAGCGGCAGCACUUACAGGAACUUUUCCAUCGAUAUGGCGAGAAUAAUUCCUUGACAGUUGAAGGAUUUAGAAAAUUGCUUCAGAAUAUAGGCAUUGAUAAAACUAAGAGAAUUCAUAUAAAUCAUGACCAUGAUCAUCACCAUCAUCACCAUGGUACCACAAAUAAAAAUAUUAAGAAAACCGUGUGUCCAGAUCAUGAAUCUGGUGGUACAAUUAAAGAUACCAGGAAUAGCCAGAUUAAAGGACUACACAAAUCAGAAAAUAUUGAGAGUCAGCCAAGCAUUUUGGUCAAGGACAGUGUUAGUGAGAUGACCACAGCUAUUUACAGCACUGCCAUAGAAGGAAAUCAUUUCCUAAAGACCAGGAAACAGCUUCUACCCAAAGAUUUGAACAGUUUCUUGGCACCCAAUACUACAGAGGGUAAUGGUGUGAGCUUGCUGGCAAAAGAAAAAGCAAAUGAAUCUGUUGUGAAUGAACCAGACCGAGGAGGAAGCUCUAUAUAUUCUAAGCAUUCCAACCAAAACGUCCAGGAGUGUUUCAAUGCAUCAAAACUUCUCCAGUCUCAUGGAAUGGGCGUACAAGUAUUGCUGAAUGCAACAGAAUUUAAUUAUCUUUGCCCAGCUAUCAUCAAUCAGAUUGAUGGCAAAUCCUGUAUAGUUCACGUAACCAGUGAAAAGAAGACUGAAAUCCCUCCCAAGACCUAUUCUUUACAAAUAGCUUGGAUUGGUGGAUUCAUAGCUAUUUCCAUCAUCAGUUUCCUUUCUUUGCUUGGUGUCAUCUUAGUACCCCUGAUGAAUCGUGUGUUUUUCAAGUUUCUUCUAAGUUUUCUUGUGGCAUUAGCUGUUGGGACGUUGAGUGGUGAUGCCUUUUUGCAUCUUCUCCCACAUUCUCAUGCAAGUCACCACCACAGUCAUAGUCAUGAGGACCAGCCCCUUCAAGCAAGCAGAGGACCACUGUUCAGUCAUCUGUCUUCUCAAAAUAUAGAAGAAAGUACUUAUUUUGACUCUACUUGGAAAGGCCUUACAGCUCUAGGAGGCCUGUAUUUCAUGUUUCUUGCUGAACAUUUAAUCACGUUGAUCAAACAAUUUAAGGACAAGAAGAAAAAGACUCAAAAAAAGCCUGAAAGUGAUGAUGAGAUGGAGAUUAAGAAACAGUUGUCCAAGUAUGAAUCUCAGCUUUCAACAAAUGAAGAGAAGUUAGACACAGAUGAUCGGCCUGAAGGUUAUAUAGGGGCAGACUCACAAGACCCUGCACACUUCGCUUCUCAACAACCAGCAGUAUUGGAAGAAGAAGAAGUCAUGAUAGCUCACUCUCAUCCGCAAGAAGUUUACAAUGAAUAUGUAUCUAGAGGGUGCAAGAAUAAAUGUCAUUCCCAUUUCCAUGAUACUCUAGGCCAAUCAGAUGAUCUCAUUCAUCAUCAUCAUGAUUACCAUCAUAUUCUACAUCACCACCAUCAUCAGAAUCAUCAUCCCCACAGUCACAGUCAGCGCUACUCUCGGGAAGAGUUGAAAGAUGCUGGCAUAGCCACAUUAGCCUGGAUGGUGAUCAUGGGUGAUGGCUUACACAAUUUCAGUGACGGCCUAGCAAUUGGGGCAGCUUUUACAGAAGGAUUAUCAAGUGGUUUAAGUACUUCUGUUGCUGUCUUUUGUCAUGAAUUACCUCAUGAAUUAGGUGAUUUUGCAGUUCUGUUAAAAGCUGGCAUGACUGUUAAACAAGCUGUUCUUUAUAAUGCCCUGUCAGCCAUGCUGGCUUAUCUUGGAAUGGCAACAGGAAUUUUUAUUGGUCAUUAUGCUGAAAAUGUUUCCAUGUGGAUAUUUGCACUUACUGCUGGCUUGUUCAUGUAUGUCGCUUUGGUCGAUAUGGUUCCUGAGAUGCUUCACAAUGAUGCUAGUGACCAUGGGUGUAGCCGCUGGGGAUAUUUUCUGUUACAGAAUGCUGGGAUACUACUGGGUUUUGGUAUUAUGUUACUUAUUUCUGUGUUUGAACAUAAAAUUGUAUUCAGUAUAAAUUUUUAAAUUGGGUCAUUAAUGUUAGAAUAAAUCUUUUCUACUUAUUUGUUGCUCUAUUUCAGAUAUAGGUCAUAGGGGAGCUGGGUUUUGUUGUUUUUGGUUUUUUAUGUGCUUCAUUGAGUUUAUAUUUAGUAGUACUUGAAAUUUUAUAUUAAAUAUUGCUGUUGGUUAUGACUGUAAAAUUAGCUACUGAAGUAACAAAAGGUACGUUUAGUGAUGUUUAAGUUAUUCUGUUCUGGAAGUAUACCUAUGAUGUUAAGGUUCACCAGUAUUUACAGCUUUGCUGUAUGGACAAGUGAUGUGGUAUGGCAUGGCACGUUCUAUAUAUAGUUCAGUUUGAAAAAACAAAACUUUUUUCUCUGAUUCCUUCAGAAAUUACUUUCUAACAUAAUUUUGCUCAUACCAGAUUUUAAAUCUGACGUUCUUCUGUAAUCAGGGGUAGUGGAAUCUUCAGUAUCCUAAGAUAUGCUAUCUGUGGGCAAUGGAAGAUCUAUAUACUUGAAAUCAAAAUGAGAAGAUGUAAAGAGUUUUAGUUUGAGAAAGAAAAGGACCUAUGAAGCAAGAAUGGUUGCCUGGAAGUACUAUUAUAAUUACAAAAAAGUCACUAGCUAUUUAGCAGGUGAGGAAAGAAAAGAAUGUGAAGGCUUUGAAGUUGAGUGAAAGUUUAAUGGAUACACUGCAGGAAAAAAAACAUUCUGGGCAUUGCUGUUUUAAUAUUCGUACUCUACUCAGGUGUAUACUUAGCCCUCUUUUUGUAACAACAAAAAAUAUGAAUAGCUUGAAUGAGAUCAUCAUAACAUCAACUGGUGUAAUGGUUGACUGGAAAAUCUCAAGUCCUAAACCAUGGUGUGAUGGGAUAUGAAACUUAGAGAGGAAACUCUUACUUCUCCAGAAUAGUUAGGAAAUGAGAUGUUCUUAUUAUUUGUGACUUGCCCUACAUGCCUGUACCUACAUUGCUAAUUUUCAAAGGGUUAGAGUACAAUUACUUGUAAUCACAGCUACAAGUACUAAAUCCAGGAAACUGUUGAGCACAAUUUGAUCUUUCUUUGCUAAUUAAGAAGGCACUUCAUGAUCUUGAAAAGCCUCAGGGUCAACAUUUUGGACAUUACUUAUUAUUUUAUGGUACUUUAGUUGUGACCCUAUGGCAUGAGAAGUUUGUUCUUUAAAUAAAUCUUUUAUAUGUUUUUCUUGUUGUUUGUAUAAUUUUCAUAAAAUGAGAGUGGAAAAUGUGUAAAGGCAUAGAUUCUGAGACAUUGUAUUCCGGCUGCCUUUCUGCAAACUCAUAUUAAAGACUAAGAGUCCUUUGCCCAA